AUGUCUUCUCGAUACAGUGCCCAAGCUGGGUUCCAGAAUCACUUAGAGCAGUUCAAAUCAUGCUUGAUUACAUUUAUUAUAAGCCAAAUUUCCAAAAUCAAGGAAUUAAAACCUCCUGCAGAGAAAGAGAUUCAGGACACUAUAAUGUCGAGCAUGAAGAGAAACUCUUCAAUGCAAGAUUCCUGAUUAAACUUCAGGAAUGAAACUGAACGAAAGAAGAUCUCAGUACUUGAACUGAAACUUUCCAAGCUUCAGAAGAUCCAAAAGGAAGGAAGACUAUACGAGAAGGAAUUCCUGAAUAAGCUAAAGCUGAAAGAUAUCAAGAUUCAUAAUCUCUCAAAUAUGGUCAAUGAUCUCAAAGCGAAACUCAAUAAAGCAGAACGCAACUAUAAACCAAAGGAUGAAGACCAAGAAGGAGGAAGAAUAAAAAGGCAUACUCCCAGAAGAGGAAUAACUUACUGAGCCCUGCAAGACAGAAACUUACCAAGGUUGAGAGUAACAAAAAGAUCAAUAACCAUCUUAUAAAACUUGAAAGAGAGAAAGAUGAGUUGACUCAGUCCCUUGAAACUUGCCAGUACGAUAACAAAAUCCAUCUUGAAACUAUCGACAAAUUGAAAUAAUGACCUUAAAAAACUCGAAAAGGUAAACAAGAAAUACCUUAUCGAAGAAGAAGAUCGAAAGAAAGAAAUAACAGCGUAUAAAUUACAUGAGAACAUGCUUAAAGCACAAUUAUCUGAGUUGAAUAAAGAGAAGAAGCUUUGGGAAUCCAGCAAGAGUUUAGACUAUGACCAAGUAAGCAUGAAAGCCACCCUCUCAGAUCCCUUCUUCAAAGUAGGAGGGGAUCAUGUAUCCUAUAUUGAACACUCUUUGCAGUCAAAAUCGUUCAUGCUAGAACUAGGAGGGCAAGGUAGUUUAAAAUAAGGCUCAGAAGGUAAAAAUUCACCAGACGACUAAAAAUCUGAACCUUGCUCUGGUAAAUGGAGCAUUAGUGGAAAGUUUCAAGAAGGAAAUAUAUCCUAAUCCUAAAAAUAGCACUAAUGUUGGUAAGCAUGUCAAAAAUAAAAGAGGGUCUGCAGGACAGUCUAAUUAUGGGUUCCCAAGAAUGAUAGAUGAGGGAGCUGAAAGUGUCACUGAUGGACCAGAAUCAAAACAGCCCUCUAUCUCAGAUGAAGCUAUGGUCGAUACAGACAACGAUAUAGCAGUCGAUAGAGCCAAGGAAAUAGAAGAGAUGGUAAAGAAUAAAUAUUCAGUCUUCAAUGCUCUCAGCAUCAAUCUUGAAGAGCUUAGCAUUGCGAGGCCAAGAUAUUUCACAUUAAUAGAACACCAUAUCUCUUCAGGAGAGGCCUUUAAGAAUUUGUACGAAGAAAUGGACGAAAAGACUAGAAGUCCAUUUGAUGUAGAGAAGCAGACUUUACUAAGAAAAUAUAAGGAAGGAAAGCUUGAGCUUACUUACAAUCCUCCUUUUGUUCAGUGGCUAUUUGUUACUAUUAGAGCCUUAUUUGACUCAAAAAUGUAUGAGCAUUUUAUGAAGAUAGGAGAUCCACAAAUCAUCACACCCUUCCCUGAAUUUGUCUAUUCCUGGCUCGGAACUUUUUGUGUUGAUAACAUCACUAGGAAAGUCAGACUACUUGAAUUUUAUGAGCUAGAUCAUGUAGAUGAAAUACGACUCCAGAUCUUGCUAGGCCUCAAGACAAAUCUUGAGCCAAAGAUGUGGGAAUAUUCAAUUUUCUUAGAUUUCCUUGAAGAAAAGCAUACUGUAGAUGAACUCCACUUCUAUCUUUUAUGUAGAAAUUAUCUAUUUGGAGGACCUCAGUUGACAGAUAGGAAGGCCCAAUUUGAACGAGUCCACUUGAUCUCACUGGAGGUAACUUUUUCUAAUCUUUAG